AUGUGGCAACCACCCCCAAUGCCGAAGCCCGCCUCUGCUCCAUGGGGUUUGAUCAUCAGCGAAGCCGACUUCAAGAGACUCAAAAAAGGUCUUGAGCCUGAAAGCAUGGAUGACAAGUACCAGAUCAAGGCCACAGAAGACAGCGACAGCGGCGCUGUUACCAUCCACUGGGUCCGGGCAUUCCAUGACGAGUUUUGGUCUCUCGUAAUCAAGAAGUACGAUGACGACAACAGCAACACCAUCUACAGAAUCGACACCAUCAACUGGGCGCAGGUCCACUCCACAGUACCCAUUUCGGAGGCGUUGGCAAAAAAGCAGGUGGUAGUCCUGAGCAGAUGCAAUCUUGAGUGCGAUUUCGAGGCGGCCCCCGCUUAUGACGAGCCGGAUUUCUAUGACGAGCCGGCUGAGGACAAUAUUGUCAAUGGGACGAAAUGA